AAUUAAAUUAUAUCUAAAAUGCUGUCCGUCACAUAUUUGCAUAGGCUAAUCCCCGAUAUAAAAUCGUAUUUGAGCAUGGUACCCUACAAAAACUCCUAAAACUAUAGUUCCAUUAGUUUCAGGCAUUGUUUUGGAAAAAAUGGAAGAAAACGAAUAUGUGGUUUCCAUAGAAGAGCUGCAUGCAAGGAAGGCCGUCAAAAGAGUGGAGAGUCAAGCAAUCGGACCAAGCCAUGACCAAAAUAAGAAGAAAGCAGCAGUGGAUUCCUUGAAGGAGAAACUGAAGACACUGUUAGAACAAAGAGAUAAUUCAACAACUACACCUCAACAGCCAAAGAUACAAAGAGUUGUACCCAUGCUUCGAUAUAAAGAGAAUUUCGAAAAACACUACGAGCCAAGGGCUGUAUCAAUCGGUCCUAUUCAUCAUGGAAAGUCAAGGCUGCAGAUAGCGGAGAAAUACAAGCCUAAAUUGGUAAGAAAAUUCAUACAAGAUAACAGAACAGAUGGUGAAGUUUUAUGCAUGAAGGUCUUGGAGGACAUAAAGGAACUGAGGAAUUGCUAUGAGGAAGAGGUGACGGAGAGCUAUGACGAUGAGAGCCUGGCCUGGAUCUUCUUCUUGGAUGGCUGUUCAACGCUGCAGUUUAUUCACAGCUUCAAAAUGGGUGGCGAGCUCAAGCAGUACUUCAACAUAAAAAAUGAUCAAAUAGCCUUUGCUCAACAAGAUCUCUUUUUGCUGGAGAACCAACUCCCCUAUCGACUUCUCAAGCUCUUGAUGAACUCCACAGGCAGCAACUGCGACGAAUAUAAGAAAUCCAUCAAGCUUUUUAUUGGUUCAACCAGUACAGCACCAGAGAAACUCAGACACAAAAUAAUCCCGGACAUGGAUGGAAAGCCAGAGCCAGCUCAUCUUCUCGACCUCCUCCAAUCAGCUCUUCUUUCCCAACCAAGAGAAACGACACAUGAUGAUGAUGACAAAAAAGAAGAAAAUUACCGUAGACAAUCAUUCCGCAACAUUCAGGAGCUUAAAGAAGCUGGGAUCCAGUUCAAGCCUAGUAGCAGUUGCUCCUUGAGAGACAUAGAUUUUAAUUCUCUAUGCUUUGCAGGCUUCCUCAAACUUCCUCCACUAACGGUGGACGAUUCAACUGAGCCUUUGUUGUUGAACCUGAUAGCCUACGAAAUGUGCCCUGAUAACUCCCAGACGGACUAUGGAGUCACCUCCUACGUAUGCUUUCUGGACGAACUCAUAGAUAGUGCAGAAGAUGUUAAACAUCUAAGGUCUGCAAACAUACUUCAGAACUCUCUUGGAAGUGAUGCAGAAGUGGCAAAACUCUUCAAUGAUAUAGGAACCGAUCUGGUUCCUCAUCCGGAAGCAUACAUGAAAGUGAAGGACAGAAUCCAAAAGCACUAUGAGAACAGAUGGAUGACAUGGAUGGCUGAAGCCUAUUAUAAGCAUUUUAGUACCCCCUGGACUAUACUGGCUUUCAUAGCUGCUCUGAUUGCACUUGCUUUAUCCAGUGUUCAGACUUGGAUGGCUGUCUCUUCUUGGCGAUCUGCUCGUCCCUGUGAUGAGCUCUGCAAGAACUUUACUAUGCAUCGCAAGCCAUGAUUUAAAAAAAAAAAAAAAAAAGGAUUUAUUGCCACACCAAUCACUGGACUUAUUUUUUUGUUGCUUUUAGUGUUUGUUUUCGUAUAUCUGUUUGCUUUAUCAGCUUGCAUACAAUGUGGAUUCUCGAUUUCUUC